CAGUCAGCAUCUCUCCAGCAGCGGACCCGAGGACUUCAGCUACCAUCUCGACGCGUAACAGAAGGCUCUCUCUCCAACAACAGCGCGCCGCGCAGCGCACGGGACAAACUUCCACCCCACGUCGUUACGCAUGGUUCUGGCUUUGCGCAAAAGUGCGAUUGUGACACCGCAUCAGAAGAACAAAGUGGUGGGAUUUUAACAAAAUGAGACAGAGCAACAAGAACCUGAAACAUUUUUAAGGAUUGGUUUUGAAGACAUUUAUCUCCUUGUGCCGGUGAUGAUCUCUACGACCAUUACAGGAUAUCUUCCACUUGCCGUGUAACCAUACCGCUGAAGGCUACGUGGGUCCAACGCUUCAUCUGAAGCUCGCAUUUCACAGAGAUGGAUCUGUGGGGAGUUUAUCUGUUUCAUCUCAUAACUUUAGCUCUACUGGAGGUGAUACUGGCCGGCAGAGACUGCUUGGUGGCUGGAGACUCCUGCUCCAGCGAUGAGACCUGUAGUCCGCGCCUCAGGACUCUGCGGCAGUGUGUGGCCGGCAAUGGCAGCGUGAAGCUGGGGCCCGGCGCCAGGAGCCAGUGUGCCAAUGCUGUGUCCGCCCUGCUGUCCAGCCCCUUGCACGGCUGCCAGUGUAAACGGGGCAUGAAGAAGGAGAAGAACUGCUUGAGCAUCUACUGGAGCCUUCAUCAGUCCAUCAUUCAUGGGAUCAACCUGGUGGAGCGUUAUCCCUACGAAACAGUGCACAAGGAUUACGACUAUGUCCGCUUGGCCUCUAUUACAGCUGACUCGGAUGUUGGCAUGACAACUGUGAAUCGCUGCCUGGAUGCGGCCAAGGCUUGCAACGUGGACGACUUGUGCCAGAAGCUGCGCACGGAAUACGUCUCGGCUUGCAUCAAACCCACCGCGAAGUCCGGCCUGUGCAACCGGCCUAAAUGCAACAAGGCUCUGCGCAGGUUUUUCGACCGCGUCCCGGCCGACUACACUCACGAACUGCUCUUCUGCCCCUGUACGGACACGGCCUGCGCGGAGCGCCGAAGGCAGACCAUCGUGCCCAGUUGCUCCUACGAAAGCGGGGAAAAACCCAACUGCCUUACACAGAUGAGGAUCUGCAACGCGGACUACGUGUGCAGGUCUCGCCUGGCACAGUUCCAGUACGACUGCGAACCCUACGAAACGUCUGCCAAUGGCUGCAAGCAAGGCAACUAUGGAGCCUGUCUCCUCGCCUACACAGGCCUCAUAGGAAGCACAAUAACUCCCAACUACGGGGACAACUCGACGUCCAGCGUGGCUCCGUGGUGCUCCUGCUCGGCCAGCGGGAGCCGGAGGGAAGACUGCGAUCGCUUCCUGGGACACUUCAAUGACAACGUCUGUCUCCGGAACGCUCUUAUGGCGUUUGGAAGUGAAUCAAACCAGCUGCCAACUGUCAUCCAGUCCAGUACACCCGUCCCCAGCCCCGGCAGCAGAGAAACCAGGAACACCGCCUCUCCACCCGACUCCACGGAAACCAUAAAGAACAUUCUGGAUUCCAUAAUACCAACACAGGCACUAGGAAAUGAACUACUAGUGGGCCCAUCCACCCUGUCGUCCAACAGCCACUCAAACUCUGCUUCACCUCCCAGCGUACGGCUUCAAGCUGCCUUCAGCCUUCUGUUGUUGCUCCUUCAUCUGCUGCACAAUAGACACUAAAGACUGAAGGGGAGCGUGCUGAGGACCUUCCUAGUACCAAGCAGAUGGGAGGACCAGUCGGUUUCGAAGGAAAAUUGGACCGUGCGGCAUUACUGCUCCAGCUAAUAACAUGCGGAGCGAUUCUGUUUCUCUAUUUUUGUGUCUAAGUGGGCCCGUUCCGCUUGCCGGUGUUCUCACUCCGACUGUGGGACACCUCCGCAGGCCCAGGCCAGUCUGUACAUUUGUACAUUGUCGUUGCGAUCGAGUCAAGCCGAAAUGAAGUCAGAGUGUCGCUUUCGUGGAAUAACGCAGCUCUAUGCUAUCCAACCGUAUCCAUUUCCAAGAGUUGUUUUGAAAAUAUACUGCAGACAUGUAUGAUACAGAGACAUGAAGUAGGUCAGUACCCUUGACGAAUUGUAUUGUCACAACAGGAGCUCUUAUUUGAAAUAGUGGAAGGGAAAAGUGGUUGGAACAAACCAGUGAACUUUGUGUCUUCUCUGUUUUCAGCAAACAAAAUGAUUGGGCGGCCCUCUGGAGAAUAUGGGGCUUUAACACCACUCUCUUCAAGAGCCUGAAAGAGAAACCUCUUUUCUGAUGAAUACAGGGAUUGUAGAGAGACAGAACAGAGCUCCUUUUUGCUCAGAGAUCCAGGACAUCAAUAUAUUACCAUUCUCACAUGGUCCAGCAGAACGAUGUACAAAGGACGAGACAAACACACUGCAAAAGAUAGACCCUGAACAUUCAUUGUCCUGUCCGUCAAGACGGUUGCCCUCGCUCCAAAUAUCUCCCACCACUCUAUCUGUCACUGCUAAAGCUUCAGUAGGCGUUUUUAGACACACUCCUGGAUCCCGAUGAGCAAAGACGAGCUCUUGGAGUGGAGAGAAAUCAGAAAAGCAGUAACUUUUCUUACCUGUAGCUGCUGUACUAUGUGUUUGUGAGCGUAAUACCCUUUUGUUUCUCGCCGUUACACCGCUGCGGGGCUCUGAGUGUUUGUGCCGCAGAGGGAAGUGAAUCAUUUGACUCA